AAAAUUUAGCUUUUGACCAUUGUUGCCAGAAAUUGGGUAUAUAAACCCCCAUUGAUGAACCUUGGAACUCACUUCAACUGCUAAAACAAUUUAAACUUCAUUGUUUUUCAGUUAACUAGAGAGAUCUUCUGAGAAUAUAUAUUAGUGAAAUGGCAGGAUUGAGGUACGCAGGAAUUGUUUUGCUAGUGAUAGCCACAACCAUGGCGAUCACCGAGGCCAGGACCAUUGUUGUUGGUGGAUCUGAGAACUGGCGUUUCGGCUACAACUACACGGACUGGACUCUUAAGAACAGUCCCUUCUACAUCAACGACAAACUUGUGUUCAAGUUUGAUGCACCCCACAACGUGUACUUGCUGCCCAACCUGUAUAGCUACAUCAAGUGUGACUUCAGGGGUGCGACGCUUCUUGCGAGUGCGCCAAAAGGGGAUGGAAAAGGGUUCGAGGUCGUGCUGAACCAAUGGAGGCUCUACUACUUUGCUUCCUCAAACGACAAGGACUGCUCUGAUGGCUUGAUGAAGUUCUUCGCCAUGCCGCUUCCACGUUGGCAGUGAUCGGGACUAAGAAUCAUGCUGGUUCCGUUUGCUAGGGAUAUUUGAUUAUGUUUAUGCAAUUAUAGAAUUUGAAUAAAGAGCGACUGAUCCUGGAAAGGUCGUGGUUGAAAUAAACAUGUGGUGAGGGAAUUUUAUCGUUUCUUCUAUUAUUCAUGUAUUACCCGCAGUUUGCCGAUAAUGAAA